AUGUCCCAAAACACCGACAACAUAGCCCACGCCCUCGCCGGCGCCGGCGGGGGCAUCCUCUCCAUGACGCUCACCUACCCCCUCAUAACCCUGUCCACACGCGCCCAAGUCGAAUCUCGCCGAAUCUCCCAGUCUACCACCUCCCUUUCCGCCUCCACCUCCGAUUCCACCCUCGAAUCCAAGCGCAAAAAGACCACCUCCGCCCUCGCAGCCGCCAGACACAUCCUCCGCCGCGAAGGCGUCAGCGGGCUCUAUUCAGGCCUCGACUCCGCGCUCUUCGGCAUCUCCGUCACGAAUUUCGUGUACUACUACUGGUAUGAAUGGACGCGGGCGUUCUUUGAACGAGCGGCGCUGAAGGCGGGGAGGGUGAGGAAGGGGUUGACGGCUGUGGAGAGUAUGCUCGCUGGUGCGAUUGCCGGGAGUGCCACAGUCUUGAUUACGAAUCCGAUUUGGGUUGUUAAUACGAGGAUGACGGCCCGACAGUCUGAAAAGGGUGGAGAGGGGGAUGUAGAGGGUGGGGAAGGAAAGCGAGUGAGAGAGAGAAAACCGUCCACACUGGCAACGUUGCUGGCGCUAUUUAGGGAGGAGGGACCAAGUGCGUUGUUUGCGGGUGUGUUACCGGCGCUGGUGCUGGUUGUGAAUCCGAUAUUGCAAUAUACGAUCUUUGAGCAGCUGAGGCAGGCGUUGGCGAAGAGGAGGGAGGUGAAGGCCUGGGAUGUCUUUCUGCUUGGUGCGUUGGGGAAGCUGGCGGCGACGAGUAUUACAUAUCCGUACAUUACUGUCAAGAGCAGGAUGCAUGUUGCGAAGAAGGGGGAUGUAGGAGAGGGCAAGGAGGGGAUGACGGACAGUUUCAGACGUGUGGUAAGGGAAGGAGGAUGGGGCGGAUUAUACAAAGGUAUGUUCAGUGGAACUCCGGUGUCCGUUGAGAGUGUUUUGCUAAUUGUAUGGCCAGGUAUUGGACCAAAAGUAUCGCAGAGCGUGAUCACAGCGGCAUUUUUGUUUUCUUUCAAAGAUGCAUUGUAUGAGGCAAGCUUGAGAGCGAGAAAGUCAAUACCAGCCAAGGUACCGGUCAAGUAG